AUGGAUGUCGCCAAUGCCAAUUUGGGGUUUCUCUCAUCUCCCUCAGCACCAAUACCAACCUACAAAGCUCAAGGUUUCGACAAAAUGAUUGCAGACACCAAACCAGAUGAGGUUAAACCAAUGACGAUUAAUAAGGUAAGGUGUAAAGCCAUCAUUAAUACGGUUAACAAGACGGGAAAGAAGGUCAGGGUGACUUUCAAUUACCAAUACGCACCACAUAAGACAAGGCUAAUAAAAGGAGGCGAAGAAGUAAUUGGCCAAGUCAACUCCGUUCAUUUCGAGUGGGCUCUGAAUACCAGCCAUGGAGCCGAUUACUUCCGUCGCUGGCACCGAGACACACGCAAUGCUGGAGGUCCUCUGGUACACAAAUCAACGCACCACUUCGACCUCAUCAACUUUUGGCUACUCUCACAUCCCGUCUCCGUCAUGGCUCAAGGAGGUCUCAUGUUCUACGGUCGUGAAAAGGCCGAGAAGCGUUGUAUCACGGAAUUCUACUGUCGCGCACCUGGCAGUGAAGUUGCAAAAAAAGAUCCAUUUGCACUUCACCUAGAAGAGCAUGAACAACUACUGAGAAAGAUGUAUGUAGAAGCUGAGCACGAGGAUUCCUAUUAUCAAGACCAAAGCGUCUUUGGGGAUGGGAUCAGCAACAAGGAUACGAUGGGAGUCCUGGUAAAGUACGCAAGCGGGGCCUUUUCGACGUACAGUUUGACUGCGUAUGCACCAUGGGAGGGGUUUAGAGCUAUCUUCAACGGAACGAAGUGGAGGCUGGAGUUGGUCGUUGUGGAACAAAGCUAUGUCAAUAGCGCAGGCGAGCAGGGAGCUGAAGGCGCUUUGCAGAAGUGUACGGUCACAUUGAGACCCUUAUUUAAAAAGCUUAGGGAAUUUGAAGUUGAGGGCGGACUUGGAGGCCAUGGUGGCGGAGAUCCCGUUUUGCUGAAUGAUUUGUUUGGUGGGAAUGUGGGAGAAGACCAAUUUGGGCGGGCUGCAGAUCAUGUUGAUGGAGCGAAGGGUAUUUUAACGGGGAUUUGCGCAAAUAAGUCCUUGAGAACGGAGGGUGUGGUUCAGGUGAAGGAUGUAUUAGAUCUAAAAUAUUAG